AGCCAUUCGGAUGACACUAGAGCUGGUCAUUGUAAACCGGAGAGCGACCGAAUCAGCAUUGAUGAGUUGACCCGGAUAAAUCCCGUACAUGGGCAAGUGAAGAUCGACACUGGAGCAGGGAAUGAUGUGUUCGUAAUGAGUGGCAUGGUGGGUCGCAAUGAGUAUACUAAAAUUGACUUCCUGGUCGUUGAUUUAGGAGGAGAUGGUAACCUGCUGUCAAUUGGAGCUACUCUCAAUAUUGGUACCUUCUUGAGAGGAAUUCGAUGUACUCGCGGAAACUCCCAGUGUUAACAUUGAUGGUAUUACCACAGAACUUGCGUUCCAGCGGAGCUCCCAAAAAGUCAUAACGAACAGGGAAAAUGUGCCAACAUUUUGGAUUUCUAUAUUCAGAGAAUUGAAAAAUUUAGGUCCUUGAAAACAUAACGCAAACUUUUUGAUAUUUGUUCUGCAAGGAAUAUGUAAAAGUAAUUGCAUUGUCUGAUGCAAUAGCAAUGAUGGCUACUCGAUAACGAAAAUAAUCUUUUAAGAGUAUUAGGAAGACAGCCUAUCUUGAACAAAAACACGAUCUUUCCUAUUUGAAAUCGAUAUACAUUAUAUAGAUUAAGAGGUAAACGUGGAAGCCUCUCGUCCGGAAUCUUCUUCGAUAACUCUUACGGCGACGGAGAUCUUUACUUCAUGAAGGGGGACUGGGGAUGGAAAAGAGUAGGAAAUGUGAAAGGAGUAACCAUCUUUAAAGGAUCGAGGUAUGUGACCACUUAA